GCGGCGACCUCCAGCGUGGGGGAGCGGAGAAGAUGGCGGUGUUGGCCCCGCUGCUGGCGCUGCUGUACUCGGUGCCGCGUCUAUGGCGCUGGCUGUGCCGGCCCUACUACCUGCUGUCGGCGCUGCUGUCCGCCGCCUUCCUGCUCGUGCGCAAGCUGCCGCCGCUCUGCCUCGGCCUCCCCACGCAGCGGGAGGACGGAAACCCCUGCGACUUCGACUGGCGGGAGGUGGAGAUCUUGAUGUUCCUCAGCGCCAUUGUAAUGAUGAAGAACCGUCGAUCCAUCACCGUCGAGCAGCACAUCGGCAACAUCUUCAUGUUCAGCAAAGUGGCCAACGCCAUCCUCUUCUUCCGCCUGGACAUCCGCAUGGGCCUGCUCUACGUCACCCUCUGCAUAGUAUUCCUGAUGACCUGCAAGCCCCCCCUCUACAUGGGCCCCGAGUACAUCAAGUAUUUCAACGACAAGACGAUUGACGAGGAGCUGGAGCGCGACAGACGGGUGACGUGGAUCGUGGAAUUCUUUGCCAAUUGGUCCAACGAGUGCCAGUCCUUCGCUCCGAUCUACGCCGACCUCUCUCUCAAGUACAACUCUACCGGGCUGAACUUCGGGAAGGUGGACGUGGGGCGCUACCCGGACGUCAGCACGCGGUACAAAGUGAGCACGUCACCCCUCACCAAGCAGCUACCCACCCUGAUCCUGUUUCAGGGCGGCAAGGAGGUGUUGCGGAGGCCGCAGAUCGACAAGAAAGGACGAGCCGUCUCCUGGACCUUCUCCGAGGAGAACGUGAUCCGAGAGUUCAACCUGAACGAACUCUACCAGCGGGCCAAGAAGCAGAUGAAGUCCCGAGACGAGGCCCCCGAAGAGCCACCCGAACCCCCGGCCGCCGCCACGCUUCCCCCGGGGGAGAACAAGAAAGACAAAUGAGGCCCCCGUCCCCGUCCCGUCCUCCCCGACGCCACCGGGCCUCCGCUGUGACGCGGCCCGCCCGCCCGCCCCGGGACCGCAUGCCUUCUCACGGGCUACCGCUUGUCGUUAUUUAUGUGCGCUCCCCGCUCGUGGACUCGGCUCGCCGGGGGACUGGGCCGGCAGGUCCAGGGAGAGGAGGAGGAGAGGAGGAGUGGCCGUCGAUCGGAUCCGGGGGCCGUUCGGAGGAAGGGGUCGUCGCCGGACGUCGCCUCCCCCCACCCGCCCCCGGUCCAGGCCGCCCGAUCCCCUCCGAGGAGAAGGAAACGAGGCUUUUCUUCCUCGCCGGGCCGGCCGAGGCCAGGCGGUCAACGGCGGCCAUCUCCAGCGGGCCGGGCUCCGGCUGCCUUCGGUCGUAGGCCUCACCCCGGCGUCGACCCGUCCUAGCCGCCGCGGCCCUCUCGAGGCCGGGAGCCCACGGGGACCUCGUUCUCCCGGCCUCGGCCUUGAAAACGGCCCUCGCCUUCAUCGCAGGAAGGGGCCUCCACCCCGGUACCGGCCGAGCUCCCCUUGCCCUCCUCCCCCUACCGAGGUCUCCGCUCAGGACGGGGGAGGGACGACGGUGGUGAUGAGGUCGGGGCAGAGUGAGCCUUGUAGCGCCACUAACUCACUUGCGGCGCUCCCCUGCCCUUGGGGGAGGAGAGGGGUGGGGUAGGAGGGAGACCGAGGCCUCCUCGGCCCCGUUGCGGGGGUGAGGUUGAAGAAGGGGAGCCCCGAGCUAGGGCUCCCGUAAUACUCCCACUAACUUCCCUCCCAUCCUGGUAGUCUUGGGGAAUAAAGGAACAACCCCUUCCUGGCCCGUG